AUGGCGGCCCCGGAGCAGCCGCUGCCCAUGUCCAGAGGAUGCCAGAGCUCUGCUUCGCUUUCUCCACCGCGGGGCGACCGAACCCUCUUAGUGAGGCACCUGCCAGCCGAGCUGACUGCUGAGGAGAAAGAGGACUUGCUGAAGUACUUCGGGGCACAGUCGGUGCGCGUCCUGUCCGACAAGGGGCGACUGAAACAUACAGCUUUUGCUACUUUUCCUAAUGAAAAAGCAGCUAUAAAGGCAUUGACAAGACUGCAUCAGCUGAAACUUUUAGGUCAUACUUUAGUUGUUGAAUUUGCAAAAGAGCAAGAUCGAGUUCAUUCACCGUGUCCCUCUUCAGGCACUGAAAAAAAGAAAAGAUCUGAUGAUCCUGUGGAAGAUGAUAAAGAAAAGAAAGAACUUGGUUGUUUAACUGUAGAAAAUGGAAUUGCACCCAACCAUGGGCUGACUUUUCCUCUAAAUUCAUGCCUCAAGUAUAUGUACCCACCACCUUCAAGCACAAUCCUAGCAAACAUAGUAAAUGCUUUGGCAAGUGUGCCUAAGUUCUAUGUACAGGUGCUUCAUCUUAUGAAUAAAAUGAAUUUGCCCACACCUUUUGGACCAAUUACUGCACGGCCUCCCAUGUAUGAAGAUUAUAUGCCAUUACAUGCACCUCUUCCACCUGCAUCUCCUCAGCCACCAGAGGAACCUCCUUUGCCAGAUGAAGAUGAGGAAUUAUCUAGUAAAGAAUCCGAAUAUGAAAGCAGUGAUGAUGAAGACCGUCAGAGGAUGACCAAACUAAUGGAACUAGCAAAUCUUCAGCCCAAAAGACCAAAAACAAUAAAGCAGCGCCAUGUGAGAAAAAAGAGAAAAAUAAAGGAUAUGUUGAAUACACCAUCAUCUGCUUCACACAGCAGUUUGCAUCCAGUGCUAUUACCUUCGGAUGUUUUUGAUCAACCACAACCUGUAGGUAAUAAAAAAAUUGAAUUCCAUAUAUCUACCGACAUGCCAGCUGCAUUUAAGAAAGAUUUAGAAAAGGAACAAAAUUGUGAAGAACAAAAUUGUGAUGUACCUGCUACUGAAGUUGAUGCAUCCAGUACAGGAUUUGGAAAAAUCUUUCCAAAACCAAAUUUGAACACUGCAGAGGAGGUUAAAGAAGACUCUGAUGAGAUGCCAUCAGAAUGUAUUUCUAGAAGGGAAUUGGAAAAGGGAAGAAUUUCUAGAGAAGAAAUGGAAACACUUUCGGUUUUUAGAAGUUAUGAACCUGGUGAACCAAACUGUAGAAUUUAUGUAAAGAAUUUAGCUAGACAUGUUCAAGAAAAGGACCUUAAAUUUAUUUUUGGAAGAUAUGUUGACUUUUCAUCAGAAACACAACGGAUAAUGUUUGAUAUACGCUUGAUGAAAGAAGGUCGCAUGAAAGGACAAGCUUUCAUUGGACUUCCAAAUGAAAAAGCAGCAGCAAAAGCAUUAAAGGAAGCUAAUGGAUAUGUUCUUUUUGGAAAACCUAUGGUGGUUCAGUUUGCUCGAUCUGCUCGACCAAAACAAGAUUCUAAAGAUGGAAAAAGAAAAUGUUAAAAAUUAGUAAGAAGCAUUCCUGCGUAAAUACUGCUGUAACACUGUCAUACAAAGUGUAUCCUUUCUUGUUGUAUCCUUUUUUGGGGCAGUGUUUUUUGAUUUUCCUAGAAAUGUUUUGUCUCUCCCCUACCCAUGGAUCCAGCUUAAGCAAUACUUUUUUACAAUGUAUUGAAAUAAAAUAUUUCUAAAAUUAUCUGCAUCGAUUAAACAAAUUUUUAUGUGAUUUUUAGAUUUGCUGCUGAAUUUUCUAUGCUGUCCUUUAGGUUAUGUAAUUUUUCCAAGGAAAGUUAGUGAAUCAAGUCAACUUAUUUACUUGGAGAAUGUAUACAUGUGCUUUAACACAUAUUUUAGUCUUGUUUGUUCUAUUUAUGUGUUUUCUAAAUCUAAUUCAGUGACAUAUUUGCUUUGUUUCAUGAUGUAUGUGGUUUAGGUGUUCUAUAUAACGUGUUGUAAAAUUUGAUUGGGGAAAGGGCUUUUUUUUUUUUUUUUAAGUACAUAUGUUGAAAGUUUAAAUAACUGGAUUUAAAUGUAAAUUCCAAAUAAGAAUGGCAGACUUUACAUCUGAGAUUUUAUUAUUGAAAUGUCUUUUGAGAUAGUAAGUAGAAAUAUUUUUUCCUCUCUCUUUUUCUAAACAAAAGGAGUAAGAAAAGGGUAACAGAGAGGAGAAGACAUAACGUUGACUCAGGGUAGCACAUUAAGUGGAAAGAAAUAAUUCUGGUAGGUUCCUUUUGAAUUCCAUAUUUUUCAAGUGCUUUCCAACUUUGAGGAGACGAAAUUGACUACCUGGACUAUGGAACUAUACAACAAAGAGAACGAAAAAGGUGAUAUAAUCAAGGACAUGAUUAUAAAGGAGUGACAUGGAAAGUAAUCUGGUAAAGAACAAAGUGGGAAGAUGAAGGAGUUGAGGCACAGUGAGGAAAUGGUAUGAUCCAUUGAGAUUGCAGUAUGGUUGAAUGUGUGUUGUAGUUGUUUACUAGAUGUAGAAACUAGAAAUUUGGAAGGUUAAAAUAAGAGUAAGGGACUGAAAUUGAUAAUAUUAGAGUAAUUAGUGGACUAAAUUGUGAACACGGUAAUUGAGUGAAAGCAAAGUCAUAGAAAGAGAUGAAUUCAAGAAAUAGGGAAACUCGGAUAUUGAAAGGAUCAUCUAAGUGGAUUUUGAAACUGUCGAGAAUUAUGGCAGAAGUAGUGAGCCAAAAGCUAAAUAAAAUUAUUCCCCAGAGUGUGUAAAUCUGUCAGGUAUGCAAAAGAAGAAUUAAAAAAAAAAAAAAAAAAAAGCUCUGCAGUCCUCAUCCUGCCACAGUGACAAAUUCAGCUAGUUUACUGAGAAAUAAUGUGUUACAGUGGUUUUGUAGGUAUAGGUUCUAAAUUAAAAUCUUAUGUCUAUAGCUUAAUUGCUUUAUGACUUUGGGCAAGUUCUCUACCUUUUUAUUAGUUUCCCUGGAAAGUUAUAAAGGUAAUUAGAUAAAUAUAAAAUACUUAACACAAGUCUGGUGUAUAUACACACACACACACACACACACACACACACACACACACAUAUAUGUAUAUGUAUAUAUAUAUAUGUAUAUGUGUGUGUGUGUGUAUAGAGGGAGAGAGAGAGUGUGUCAAGUUUUCAGUAAACUUUAGCUCUCAUGGUAGUGGUUGUGGUGCUUCUCAACUCACCCGAAUUCCAAAGGUGAUGUAAAAGUUCUGAGGUUAGGUAAAACUUCAGUCAUCUUUCCACCUUGAUUAUCACUGAGAUACCCAGAUGCUUCCUUGCCACACAUAGGGAACAUGAGACUAUUUAACAAGUUUAGUUGUUUCUUUGGUGUCAAGUAAUUAACCUCUUUAUGGAUAAGGCACAUUCAAACCCCAUGACUACUUCAUAAACUGAGCAUGUGACCCAGACAAGUACAGUUAGAAGGAUUUCUAGGGCUUGUACAGAAAUGCCCCCACCUGCCCCCAUAGAGCUCUGCCUGGAGCCAUUAACCAUUAUCCUGACAGUUAUCCUGGUGAUAGCUUUUUGCCAUUAUCCAUGAGUUUAAAAGGAAAAUAAUUGUGGAGAUGGAGAAGUAAAUACUUGUAAUUUGAUCCCAUAGCAAAAGCCCUAAUAGCUAGUCAUUGAAUUUUUCAGUUACUUUAAACAAUAGGUACCUUUUUCCUUUUGCUGGAGGGAUUCUGCUUGCUCUGGCCAAGUGUGGGUCAAAUAUGUCACCUCUGAGGCAAGAAGUAAAGUUUCAUGUGAACCACAUGAAAUGAGAGUUCAGAAUGGGCUUGUACUGUAAAGGAAAAGCAUAACAUUGUGAAAUCAAAGACAAAGUUAGGUAGCCAAAAGCAAAUGUUUUACUGCAGUAUACAGUAUAUAAAAUUCAUAUUGCCAUGUGGUGGUUUUCCAUAUAUGCCUUUUACAGAGUCUGUGACUACUAACUAUAAAGCGAAGGAGGCUCCUAGGGUGUAGAAUUUAAGGAGGCGUACACUUUCAGAGUGUACACCUCACCCUACAACCUACCCUAGUCAUGGCACUGCCUCCUGCUGUAUUAGUAACAUGAACAGAAUCAGCAUGAUCCAGAUUAGGUAAACCACCAAACAAAAAGCAGUAGCAUUCAAGUUACUGUUUUAGAUGAUUUGGAAAGUAUUUGCUGUGCAAAUGAGAUUCCUUCAAAAUCAAUGUUAAGAGAUUAAGACUCUUGAAUCACUGAGCUAUACCCUCCCCCCUAUUUUGGCUAAAUCUUGACGUCUGUUAAAUCUGGGUCUUGGGAUAUUGGGUCUGUUAUUUUUUUUUUCUACCCUUUUUUCUGUAUAAUAUGACUAAUAUACCACAUCUUAAAUGAAAAAUAAAAUAAUGAAACAUCUCUA